ACUGCGAUAGAUUACUCCAAGAGAAACUGUUCUCUGUUCUGUAAUCUAUCGAGAUGGUUCCCCAUCAAGCGGAUGAUUACCUGAAGUAAAGUUACAAUUGUAUAAAUACAGUUUUCCUCUGUGGGAAGGUUUCACAAAACGAUAUCAACAAAUACUUUGGAAACGACUGUUCUGCACCGGCCUCUCCAUUGCCAACAGAGGGUGAUGAGCCAAAGAAAUAAGAGCGAGAAUACCUACGACCCAGUCGCCGCCUACAUGGCGACACACCACAGCGCUGCUGCGAUUGACGAGAAUCCCCCAUCCUACGAGACCAUGUAUCCGGGAGUCCUAGACCAAGGAGCUCGAAGCACCGAGCGACCACGGACUCCGGUGGUCCUCCAACCUACAGAGCUCCUCCGGGGCCUAGAAGCUAGCCAAGAAAGCGACAAGAAGGGCGACAAAGCGACUAGGCCUAGCAGCAGCAGCAAGAGCACGGAACCCGGCAAAAACGAAUGUCAGAAAGGCGGCCAAGUGAAGAAUGAGACUAAAGGAAGCUUCCUGGAGCACAGGCUGACGUUCAGCGAAUUCUCCAAAUCGACGAGAGAAAGGAUCAUCAACCAAGCGACGGGACUGAAAGAGACCGCCUCGGCAGCCUUGAGGGAGUUUUGCCAGACCACCUCUGCCCAUGGUUUCAGCCACGUCAUCACACCUGACCUACACAUCGCCUUCAAAGCAUUUUGGCUCAUCAUCACCUUCGUCAGCCUUUGUCUGUUGGGCGCCAUGGCGUACCGAGAGACGAUGGAAGCCUUCAUCAUCAGGAGUCCCACGACGGAGAUCAGGUACAGGGACAACCGCGCCUUCGGUCUGUAUCUGCCUCACCUGACCGUGUGCAGUUUGUCGGGUUUCUUGAAGUCGAAAUUGGCAGAGUACAACGUCAGCACCAAUUUAGCCUCCUAUAUCCUGAUAUCAGUCCGCGGACAGACCAUCAUUAGUACGUCGUUGGCAACGAAUCCCCGACUUUAUCUCGAUCUGAAGGCUCAGUUGACGGAAUACCUUGCUCGGAACAACGUCACGCUCAGCGAAUUAAUCAUCAAACUUUCUCCAAGAUGUGAGGACGUUAUUGGGUUCUGCUAUGCAGCUGAUAAAUUAUACCCCCAUAACGUGUGUUGUAACAAGCUCUUCAGUGCAGUCAUCACCUCGGUUGGCGUCUGCUACACGACCAUCAGCGCCAAUAGAACGCGCAUCUUACAAUCCCUCUCUGGAAUUAACGGCGGUUUGAAGAUCGUCUUUCCUAUCAAAGACCACGAAUACAUGGAAUACAGCAGCAAAGUGGUCUUCACCCCUUGGCUAUCUGAAGAAGGAGUUCAAGUCUCUAUGUCUGACUACAGUAUGACAGCCAGCACGUCAGUCGUCAUCAACUCCAUACGUAUCGCGCCCAACAUGGCGGCCACAGUGGCACUCUCGCUUGAUACGGUGGACCACAGUAGGCGCUAUGCCAGCGUGUGGCCGUGGCCGAAAACCGACCCGCAGUGCGUCAGCCGAGAAGCCUACCUGCAGAAGACGGAGGAGGAGACAGCCUACACUGAGAACAAUCUCUACACGACACUCAAGAACAGAAAUUGCUCUCUGGAACUGAGCAACUGCACUGCCAUUCCGUCAAGGCUUCCAGACGACACGACAGCUGAAUGCACACCUCACGACAUCUUGGAGCAGUAUUUCAACGGCAGCCUCCAGGAGUGCGUCAGCAGAAAAGUUCAGGAAUACGACAUAGGAGGCAAAAUGUUUUGCGUCACGAACACAUACAAUCAGCAGCUGAGUUACACGACUCUGUGUAACAGAAGUAUUACAAAACUGCAGUCAUCGGGAACAAUAACCACGAACAGUUUGUCGAUGGUGACCAUAUUCUACUCCCAGCUACAGUACAGUGAAUUGCUGGAAAGGACUCCCGAUUUCAUCACUUGGUUCAGUAACCUAGGAGGCCAGAUGGGGCUGUUUUUGGGUGCCUCUUUCAUCACCUUGGUGGAGCUGAUGUUCGUCGUUUUGUACAUCGUCAGGGUGUCCGUCUUCCGGGCGUUCAAGAUCCUGUACUACCAGGCCAAGAGGUCCUUCAGUGCGGAAAUCGAGAGUGGACAGAAGUGAGAAGCCC